CAUUUACCAGGAGUGGAAAUGUGUUACCUCCACGUUAUAACCCGGACAUUGAUUUAGAUGAUGAACUACUUGGUGUAAGACGGCGAAUAGACGAGAUGGAAGCAGAACUACAAGCCACGUUGAAUGCAGCUCACCGACGAGUAAAUCCCGUGCCUGAUAUUUCCCCACCUCCUAGGACAUCUACUGCCAUGCCUAGUUAUGCAGAUCAAAGGAUGUACAAGACUGGGCCAACCAUUAAAUUGGGAACAUUUGAUGGGAAAAACUGUGAUUGGGAUGAUUUUCGUUCCCAACUUGAAAUAUGCUCAGAUAAUUACCGGUGGACAGACGAAGAACGCAGCACCCACCUUGCCAUGGCCUUGAGAGGUGAAGCGGCCCAAGUGCUGAGUGAUUUACCGGUUGAAAAACGCAAACAAUUCCAUGCGUUAGCCGAAGCGUUAGAGCGACGGUACAGUCCACGCAACAAGAAAGAAUUGUACAGAGUGCAAGCCCGCACCCGGAGACGCAAACCAAAGGAGUCAAUUAGUGAACUCGCCCAAGCCAUACGACGCUUGGUGCGACUUGGUUGGCCAGGUGAAGAUGAACGUGUCCGAGCUACGUUUGAAAGAGAGUAUUUCUUAGAUGCCUUAGAUGAACCUCGCCUCCGGCUGGAAGUGAUGCGAUAUCGACCACGUACCUUAAUUGAGGCAGAAGAAGUUGCCAUUGAGAUGGAAGCUUGCCAGGAAGCAGAAACGGCACGAAAUUGUCUGCGCAAAAAUGAUAAAGUCUACGCUCGUACCGCCGACAGGGUGAGUGAGCAAGAAGAAAUUUCCAAUGGCCAAAUUGCGAAGAUGAAUCAAUUACUGGAACAACUCAAUAACAACCUACGUGCUCAAUCGACAGAGAUUGAAAACUUACGACGAGCCAGUGAGCGGGGAAGGCAAGACCACUUCCAGGGAAAUCAACGUUCUAUGGGUAAUUCUGUUCCCGUCCCCAAUUCCAACCCGGCUCCCGUACCCACGGCACCCAGACCAGGAGGCAGAUUCCGCAGCAAUAAUGGACCAAAACCAAACAAUGGACCAAAACCAAACAAUGGGCCGACUUUAAACUAA